UCUCUCUCUCUUUCUCUUUCUAACAGAUAUAUAAACAACCAUAUAUCUCCUUUAACGCGUAAUUUACCUAAAACGGGGAGGAAGAAGAGGAAGAAGAAAGAAUGCCUACGUCUCUUCAGCUUCACAGAAUCAACACCACCAACCACCACCGCUCGGCGGCGGCGACUGUGGGUUGUCACAGCAAUAAGCGGUCAUCGCAAACCAUAUGGCGGCUUCCUCCCUCCGUUACUUUCCUCCCCGACGAAGCCCUGCACUACCACACCCACGCGGUGGGGCCCGGCCAGUGCUGCUCCGCCGUGGUGCAGGAGGUGGAAGCGCCAGCAGCCGCCGUGUGGUCCGUCGUGCGCCGCUUCGACAACCCCCAGGCCUACAAGCACUUCCUCAAGAGUUGCCACCUCAUCGUCGGCGACGGCAACGUCGGCACUCUCCGGGAGGUCCACGUCGUCUCCGGCCUCCCCGCCGCCUCCAGCACCGAGCGCCUCGAGAUACUGGACGACGAGCGCCACGUCUUCAGCUUCAGCGUCGUCGGCGGCGACCACCGCCUCAACAACUACCGCUCCUUCACCACUCUCCACCAGUCGCCCACAGGCUCCGGGACCGUCGUCGUCGAAUCUUACGUCGUCGACGUACCGCCGGGAAAUACGAAAGACGAAACUUGCACGUUCGUGGACACCAUCGUCCGGUGCAAUUUACAGUCGCUGGCCCAGAUCGCUAAAAACAUCAAUUGUAUGUAAAUCGCUUUUGUUGAGCCAAUAAUUAAUUUUUCGUGAACUUGGGUUGUGGGUUUGGUGGUUCAUCGUCGAUCAUUCAAACCCAGAAUCGAAAAUUUUUCAGCCAGAUAUAUAGCUAGCUAGCAACGUCGUAUAUUAUAUAUAUAUAUAUAUAUAUGCUAUAUGCUAGCUAGGUUCCUUCUGAGAGAUUCCAAUUGUUAAAGUUGAUAAUACGUACAUGAACAUGAUCUUAAUUAGAGUUAAUUACUUGUAUUUUGUGUAAA